AUGGAGAAAAUCUUUCGCGCUCUACCUUGCACAAAAAGACAGAAGGUGACUUUUGCCAAAUUCACCUUCAAAGACGAUGCACAAGAAUGGUGGCUUCUUACCUUGGAGAAGGAAGAUAUUGUGACUUGGGCGAGAUUUUUGGAGGUAUUUUAUGAAAAAUACUUUCCAGAUUCACUGCGGGAACAAAAGGCAGUAGAAUUCAUACAUUUAAGGCAAGGAACCAUGACAGUAGCCAAAUACGAGAGCAAGUUCACACAACUAGCCCAAUUCAUGACAUACGUCAUCUUUACCAAAGCUCGAAAAGCCAAAAAAUUUGAAGCAGGAUUGGAUCCUAAAAUCAAGGACAUGCUGGAGGUUUUGAAACUACCAACCUAUGCAGCGGUGAUAGAUCGAGCUUACAUUACGGAAAAAGGGAUUAAAGCCUUGCGCUCUAGGGAACCAAACCAAAAGAAGCAAUUUUGGGAAAGAGAUAACAGAAGACCCGGUAUUGCGCCUCCCAAGAGAGUAAAUAUGGGCACAACCAGUUCAACCAAUUCAAGUAAUCAAGGUCUUACAAAUCCCAAAGGUGGCACCAUUCCAGCUUGCAUUACCUGUGGAAGGAGUCAUUGGGGACAAUGCCGUCAAGAUACGGAAGCAUGCUUUAGAUGUGGCCAAAUUGGCCACUUGCUGAGAGAUUGCCCAAAGCUUACCAGUUCUACAGCCAACCCCUCUGCACCAGUCUGA